UGUGAUUGUCAUGUUCAUUUUAGUUUUUGUUUUCUUCAUGAUAUGAAUGAAGUGUGAACUUAUUAAUAUGUGAUUGUCAUUAUCCUUAUUGAACUUAUUAAUAUGUGAAUGUCACAACCUUUUGAUUUUUUUUACUAUUUAGAAAUGGAAACUGAGGGUGGGAUUAAUAGUGAACAAUCCAUGAGUAACAUUAGAGCCCGACGUAAUUGGAAUGCAAUUGAAGAAGAAACUUUACUCACUAUAUUAGAAGAGAUGGUGGUUGCUGGAAACAAAGGAGAGAAUGGAACAUUCAAGACUGUAACUCAUGAGGAAGUUUGCAAGAGAAUGAAAAAUAAAAUUCCAGGAAUACUUAUCAAUGCCAAGCAAAUUGUUAACAAGAUGAAAAGGUGGUCAACAAAGCUUAAUGAAGUUGUUGACAUGAUGAACACUGGUGGGUUUGGUUGGGAUGACACAAAAAAGUGUGUUAAAUGUGACAGCAGUCAAGUCUUAUCUCAAUAUUUAGAGAAACAUCCCAAAGUUGGCAACCAUGUCGGUAAAGAGUUUAAAGAGUUUGAGAGAUUGCAAGGUAUUUUUGGCAAAGAUCGUGCAAAUGGCCUCCGAGUUGAUGAUGGAAAUGGAAAUGAAACAAUUGAGAACCAAGUUAGUGAUAAUGAUGAGUUAGUGCACCAACAUGAUGGUUCACCUAUUUCUGCAGGACCAUCUUCUAAACGACCUCGACUUGCUCAAUUAGCCACUAAUUUUCUGGAGAGUUUUAACAGUAAAAUGGAAGUUGUGUCAACUGAUUUUGCUAAAGCUAUAGGCAAAUUUCCAGAUCCUUCGAAGCCAGAUCCUUCAAAAUCCGACUUGGUUCAAGAGAUUAAGAAAUUGGGAUUAACUGAUGAAGAAGAAAUUGACUUGGCAAUCAAAUUUUCUCACAACCAACAGUAUGAAAAAUUCUUUUGGGAGUUUGAAGGUUCCCAAAGAAUGUCUUUCGUGAGGAAGAUUAUGAGAAUGUGACAAGGCGUUCAAAUUUGAUGAUGAUAUAUGAAUGCAUGUUAGACAAGUCGCAUUUAUAAUUUAUGUUUUAGUUAAGACUUAUUUUGAAUCUUAUCAACAUUAGACUUGAAACUUGGUUAACAUGUUUAUUUAGCCUAUAUUUUGGA